AUGUUUGGCGAGGCGACCGCCCCAUCGGACAACUCAGUCUUCCUCAGACCUUUCAAGCUCUUCAUCUGCUACGAGGAGGCUCUUCGAGAACUUUUGACCAACAUACGCAACCGGCUCGAGUAUCCCAUGUAUGGCCCAGUGCCGAAACCCGCCUCAAAUUCAUCAAAAGCAAGUCUGAACGAAGCAGUGGAUGCAGAAACACCAUAUGAGGAGAAUCCGGAGGGGAAUGGGGUAUAUGAAGAUCAGGGAACCUCAAAUUCAUCCGUUCAUCCACCAAAUUCGGAUCCUGGGGCAGCUUUGGAAGUCUCACAUGCCAUGGCUGAGCACUUGGACGCUAUGUUGAGGUUUACGGAUGUGGAGUUGAAGCAAUACCGGGCCAUCUUCCGUCGUCUCAGGUCUCGUGAGGCGGAAACAGUUGAUUUCAAGGACCUUUGGUUUCUCUUCGCACCGGGUGAUAAGAUCUAUCAUUCCGAAACAAAGCAAGCCUACCAAGUCCUCGCAGUGAGUGGAGGUAGAUCACUCCUCACAAAAAAUCUCGAAGAUCUGGAAUCGGACGAGCCAGCUUUUCCUUGGUCUUCUCCCACAGCCGAAACCGAAAUCACAAGUCCCUUCGUCAUCGAUUGUAUCUAUUUGGACUUCAACGGGGAGGAACUCGGUCCAGCUAACCACCAAGUUACAAUCAUGCCCUAUACUGGAUCUCAGGCUAUUUCUAGUCUUGAGUUUCUCCCUCUAGAGUAUGCAAGGACCGUGAUUGACACAGUGGAGAAUACGGAGCUCCCCGUGGAGGAUUACUUGGUCAAACGAGGGAAAAGGUACCUCGAUCUAUUGGACUCGCAAGAGGUUCCUCAUCGUGAGUACAUCGGUUUCAGCGUCGGCGAAAACCGCGAACAGAUUGACAGUCGGGUGAUAAUUGACUUGAGUCUAUACUGGGAGAAAAAUAUUGAGAAAAGGCCAGUUCUUGGGCUCAGGAGACCAGAAGAGGCGGAUGUUCGAGAAGUUGCAGAGAUGAACACAUGCUCGUGUUACAAUUGCAGGUCCGAAAGCAAGAGACGAAACAGUCACAUAUACGACGACAGAAAGGUCGACCGCCAACGCAUGGAGGCAUUCAUUGCCGAGAACUCAGAUACUUGGAGACUGAUUCGGGAUCCGAAAGGCAAAGUUAAGCAUGACUUGCUCUGCCUUCUGCCAAGUCGAGUUUUCGGAUAUGUGUUGCGGAGCCGAAAAUGGCACCAACUCGACAUGGACAGAACCUCCCCAGUAAAGCAAAGAGCGCAGAACUUCAAUGACCUGAUCCUACCGACAGACUACAAGGAUCUCGUUGAGGGUAUGGUCAGAACUCAUGCCCGCGGAUCAAAGCCCAGCAUUUCUAUGUCCAACGACGCGUCAGCCAUACAUGGGACGGAUCUUGUACGUGGAAAAGGAAAGGGGGUCAUUAUUCUACUCCACGGUGUUCCUGGUGUCGGUAAGACGAGCACUGCUGAAUGUGUCGCUGAGUACACGUUAAGACCACUGUUCUCAAUCACAUGUGGUGAUAUUGGCGAGGAUGCAAAGACCGUCGAAGCGAAUCUUGAGGAAAACUUCCAACUUGCCCACCGGUGGGGCUGUGUGUUGCUGUUGGACGAAGCAGAUGUGUUCCUGCAGACACGCAACAAGAGCGACAUGGCCCGCAAUGCCGUAGUAUCUGUGUUUCUGCGUAUCCUGGAGUACUAUUCCGGGAUUCUUUUUCUUACGACUAACAAGGUCGGUACUUUCGACGAUGCCUUCACAUCAAGGAUCCAUCUCUCUUUGUACUACCCUCCUCUGGACCGAAAACAGACCAAGAAAAUCUGGAAGGUGAACCUGGACCGAAUUCAGAGGACAAACCAAGACACUCUAGUAGUUCAAAAAGAAGAGAUAAUGCAGUGGGUGAAGGAGCUGAUGGAGGAACUCAGAAGUCGGGAUUUCCGGCCCUGGAAUGGACGACAAAUCCACAAUGCAUGCCAGACUGCUACUUCGAUUGCGAAAUUCCGACCAAAAGAACACGGUGUCUUGGGUCCCGGUGAGUUUGAGACGGUGAAGAACGCAACCUUCGAUUUCGACGACUACUUGAAGAAUGUUCACGGAAUGGAUGAUGCUGGGAGAGCCAAAAGGAAUUUUGACCGCAACGACUUCUGGGGGGAUGAACCAUAUUAUGGAGGCGCAUCAACGAAGCAAAGGCCAUCCAGCUAUGGCCGACGGAGAAACUUAGAUUAUGGGGACCAGGGAAGGGGAAAAGGCCGGAAGCGAAAUUCCCGAGAUGACAGGAAGCGGUAUGACGGGGACUCGGGUUCUGAUGAAGUACGUGAGCGACGAAAGUCUAGGAAAGAGAAGGACUCGGAUUCGGAUUCAGACUCGGAUUCAUCAGUCUAA